UCUUAUGUUUCAUUUGGCCUCGAGCAAUCUUCAAUGAGACAUCAAAAUGUGGAGAGACCAGAAGAGGUUAAAAAUUUAGAUGAGAUUUUUUUCUUUUUUUACUGAAAUUCCGGAAAUUGAAGUUUCGGAUGACCACCCAAGAAAGUGGGAGUUUCCAAAUUUGUUUCGUCCAAGAAUAAAGUAUAUUGCGGGCCCACAAGAGAGUAUACAUUGGAAAUGGAGGUGGUAAUUGAUCGCCGAAGUCUCCAGAGAGCGAUGCUCCUCUGCAUAAUAUUCGGACUGGCGUUGGCGGAUGGCGUCCUGCAUGACGACUGGUCCGCGCCUGCAGACUCAUCAUGGCUCGCGACAAAUUCCUCCAAUGAAAUAACAGUGAACGGCACUGAAGGCUUGGAUCAAGAUGACCCUUAUAAAUUCAGUGAGUGGCCUGAGUGGAAGAAGAAUCUCGAUUCCGUGGCCACGAUUUCCAUGGCCGUGACCACCCUCAGCCUCAUGCUGGGAAUGGGCGCCGCCACAAACUGGGGAGAGGUGCUCGGACAUGCAUCCUGGCCCCCGGUUGGUAUCCUGAUCGGGAUGGCAGGACAGUUCAUCAUCCUGCCAGCGUGCGGUGCCGCCCUCGCCUGGGCCUUCAAGCUCACACCCUACGAGGCCAUGGGGGUGCUCAUGGUGUCGUCCUGUCCUGGCGGCUCACUCUCGAAUUUUUUUGCAUAUUGGGUUGAUGGAGAUCUUGCUCUCAGCAUCAUGAUGACGACAGUUUCUUCCGUGCUGGCAUACGUGGGCAUGCCAUUCAAUUUAUGGUUGUAUUCUAAAAUUUGGAUGGACGCUGACGAGAACUCCCUCAUCGUCAUCCCUUACUGGACCAUCCUGCAGACUCUGUUCUUCAUUGCGGUACCGGUCGCCAUCGGUAUGAUCAUCAGGCGUUGUCAUCAGAAGCUGGCCGGUGUCAUCACUAAUUUCACUGGCAUCCUGGGCUGGCUUGGAGUGAUAUUCAUCAACAUCGUUUGGUUUACGCUCUACUGGCCAGUGUUUGCAAACGCAACUCCGCUGAUCUACGCCUGCGCUUUCAUCCUACCAAUUUUAGGCUUCUCUUUUGCUUACGCAUUUGCCCUUCUGGCGUGCAGGACUCAUCAAGUUUGCAGAACAAUUGGGAUAGAAACCGGGUCACAAAAUAUGGCAGUAGCUCUUAGCGUCAUUUUGUUAUCUUACAAAGACCCAAAGAUAAAAUCGAGCAUGAUCAUCUUUCCUACCUUGUACUACAUAACCUUGAUGGCCGAAAUGUUCAUCGGAAUCUUAUUAUAUCUCUCAUGGAAGAAGCACAAUAUAAGAGAAGAAGAAGAUUACCUUCCCGUGACUCAAGAAACCGUCUUUUGCACGUCACAACUUUCUCCUAACAAACCAAAUGCUUCAGCGCCUUGCAUUUCAUGUGAAUCCAAAAGAUGAUUUUUUUAAAUCCUUAUGAAAUACUUUCGAGACAACUGUUGAAAUAAUGUAUGUAAAUAAAUUCACGGAAAAAUAACAUUCAAUUCAUGUUUAACAAGUUGAAAGUACAAAAUAUUAGCUUAACUUUUUAUUAUUCAAAAUACUGACACGCAAUAUAUGUGCACAUGCAAAUAUUUAUGACGCGGAAAUGAUUUUCCCCUAUAUAGUAGCGUUUGGCCAAUAAUAGAACAUAGGUUUUGAGGACAUGAAUGAAUGACGAGUUUGUUUAGAGGAUUUCUCUGAUCCAGAAAUUUAAUUCUAUAUUAUCGUCGUAUUCAUGUUUAC